GCCGCUAGCGCAGUUUGGGCGGUUGUCAGGGAGAAACAAGAUGGCGGCCGCAGCCACGGAGGAGGACACGGAGCUGCGGGACCUGCUGGUGCAGACGCUGGAAAGCAGCGGGGUGCUCAAUAAGAUUAAGGCGGAGUUGCGAGCAGCUGUUUUUUUGGCAUUAGAAGAACAAGAGAAAGUAGAGAACAAAGCACCUCUGGUAAAUGAAAGCUUGAAAAGUUUUUUAGGUACAAAAGACGGUCGCUUGGUAGCAGGUCUUGUUGCAGAAUUUCUACGGUUUUUCAAUCUUGAUUUUACAUUGGCUGUUUUUCAACCUGAAUCAAGCACACUAAAUGGCCUUGAUGGUCGAGAAAACUUAGCUCGAGACUUGGGAAUUAUAGAAGCAGAAGGUACUGUGGGUGGGCCCCUGUUGUUGGAGGUUGUUAAAAAAUGUCAGCAGAAAAAGAUUUCAGGCACUGAAGAGGUGGCUCCAGUUCUAAGUGAUAGCCUGUGUCCCGCAUCGAAAUCAUCUGAUGGAAGAUCAGGUACACAUCCUAUACCAAAUAAGGCUGCUGAAACUACUCAAAGUGACACAAGUGUCUCAUCAGGGGAAGCAAGCAAAAGAAGCAUUCACUUUCUGCCCAAUGAAACAAAACUAGAUCCUCAACUAGAAAACAAAGACUUAAAUACCAAAGAAAAGAGUGAUCCAGGUGUGGAUGAAGAUGAUGUAGAGGGAGAUUCUUUUUUUGAUGAUCCUAUACCCAAACCAGAAAGAACUUAUGGCUGGAAAACUGAUGCUAAUAAAGCAGGAGGUCUAGCAUCCCUUUCUGAUGCACCGCCUCUAAAAAGUGGGUUAAGCUCCCUGACUGGUGCGCCUUCGCUAAAGGAGCCUGACAAUUUGACUAGAAACUCUGUUUUGAAAGACCUGCGGUUGGUGAAUGCAAAACUGGGAUCACUAGAAUUAGGAAAUGGAGAUGACGAUGAGUAUGCUGAUGACUUCAACAGUACUAGUCAUCGCUCAGAAAAAAGUGAUAUCAGUAUUGGUGAAGAAAUAGAUGAACUUUCAGUGGAAACAGAAGAGUCAAAUGCCAGUGAUAAACUUGAAGGCAUCACGCAAGACCUUACCAUUUCUCAGUUAAGUGAUGUUGCAGAUUAUCUAGAAGACGUGGCAUAGAAUUGGACAGCAACCUGUUUCAUUGUGCUGGACUAGAAGACAGCUGUGGACUGUUAAUUUCAGACAAUCACUUCUUGCUGGAAUGUCCACUCCCUAUUUGUGCCUUGUGUUUCAAAAAGACUGUAGGUGGAGAAGGCUUUUAAAUAUUCUUAAGAAGAACUAAAUGAAACAGUACCUUCCCGUUUGAGUCUGAUUUCAGAAUUAUUUUCUUCAUCUGGUUCAGCCAGACAUUUACAGCAGGAGGUGGAUUUUCCAAGCGGAAUGUCCAUUGCUGGCAGUGGGCAUCAUAGAAACCAACUGAUGAGAAAACAUCUACAGAGAGGCAUGUGGCUUUAUAGUGAACUUGCACUGUUACUCUAACAGUCUGAUUAUUUUUUUUUUAAGAUAACCAAAGCAAGAACUUUCAGAGGUAGUGGUUCAACUCACACUUCUUUUAACACAACUUUGUCAAGUCAGCAGGUAGUCCGUAUUUAUGGUAACUCUAGCCACAAUACCUAAUUGCUCCAAACUUACUUGAAACUGCUGUUUUUCAGACUCGUCUGAAAGUUGGACUUUUUUUUUUAAAGACAUAGCAAAUAGAGAGUAUCUAAGCUCUCAAAUCUAAAUUUAGGAGCUAAAUUUAGUAGUAGUUAUAACUCCGAAUAUUCUUGUUUAAAUGUUUGUCAGACUGUUGAUGUUCAGACCUAAGCUGUUUUUAUAUAUGAUAAUUUCAUUGAUAUUAUGUCUUGUUAAAUCACAAAAAGUAAUUUUGUAAGGAUCAGCAAAUCAUUAAUUAAAUCUUACUGAUUUUUUUUGUUAGGUUUUUAACAGUGUGGUAACAGUUUGUGGAGCUUUUAUUAUUGAGGGCUCUUCAUGUGCUGUAAGCUCACUUUCAUUCUUGAAAAUCCUUGUUAUAUAAAAAUGAGCGCCAAAAAGUAAAACCACUAACCUUCUGUUUUUCAGAUUCUGACUGCUAUACACAAUUAAAUCCAAAUGUUUAAAAAUACCAUACUGAAGACAUUAUGGACACUAAGUUCUAGCUAAGAGCAGAUUCUUGUGUUUUCAUUAUACUCUUGCAAAACAGGGUCAGUAACGGAAACCUUGACAGUUCUUUAAUGGUACUGUUGUACAUGGCGCUGCUAUGAUAUAUAGGUCAUGGACAUUUGUCAUACUGAAAUGACUUCAAAAUGUGCACUUUCUGAAAAUUGUGAACACAUUUGAAAAAUAUUACAUGUAAGUGAAUAUAAAUAACUUAAUUUUUUUUUUAAGCUUUGUAAUUUUUUUCAGGAACACUGUUGGCCUCUCAUCAAUGGUCAUCACAGUGGAAGUAGCCUGCUAAGCUAAAGCCAUUAGUUAAGCGUAUAGAGCUGCUGCUGCAUUGGAUGCUGACUUAAAUCUGGUUUUGCACUGGGCCAGCAGGCAUGGAGCAGUGCUGGGAAGUUGGGCUUGUACAGUACCUAAAUGAUUUGAGAGGAGAGAGGAAAAGUGUGCCUUUAAUUUACGUGCACCCCAAAAUAGCCAGCAAAAAAGCAUCAGAAUAUUUAGUUAUGAUGUUAACUUGUAAUUUGUGCCAUAUUGUAGCAGCUGAACACAGAAGAGAAUUUCUUUUCACCCCAAAAAAUCAAUGUGCCAUAGACUUCACGUAGCAACAAUGUUGUAACAUAUGAUGCACCCUGUGUAAAAAUUCCUUUAAGUAUGGGCGAACCUGUGCCUCAAGAUACUGUGUAUGAAAAGUUUGUUUGGGGCUUUUUUUGGCCUUUUUUCUUUAAGACAACCAACAGUGUGUCUGAAGGAAAUAAAAUUCCACUUCAAUACCUAGGUACAAUUGAUUUCUGGCAUUUGUUUUUAAGGUGUAUGAAAUAAUGUAGGGACAGUGUUGUUUGCUUUUUUAAUAUGUCUUGGGAAAACAUAAUGUUCCAUUAUGUGUUAGCUGUAGGAUAUGUGGCAAUUUUAUCAGACCAAAAGAAGCAAAAACUUUAUGAAAUAAUUUCUAAUUGCAUUUAAAGAUGUGGCCUUUUAAAUAUCUAAUUAGACAUGACUUUUGUUAACAACAAAGUGUUGUUCUCUUACCUUGGGGGUUAACUGGAGACCUUGCACUUUGGCUCUAAUUUAAGGAAAUUAAAGCCUCCUGAGGGCUUUUACUGAAUUGUGUAUAAUAAUUCAAAUUGCAAAAUAAAGCUCUUGUGCUGGCUA